AGUAGGAAGUAUUUUGCAUCGCUAUAUAAAUGGUGCACACAAAUCUGAAAUCAGUGACUUUGAAUAAAACUGUUGUUGAAGAUUGCGUUGCAAAUACAAGAUUCGAAGAUACUAAAGUGAAAUAUUUGUGUCGAAACAUUGAUAAUUUUGAAACGAUGACAACAUAUUGCCUUAUUAUUGCAGUAAUAAUUGGCAUGCUUCAGGUGUGCACAACUAAUCCAAUUUCUGACGAUGAUGUGACAAAACUGUUUUCCGCAAGUGAAUUAGAACGUGCACAAAAUGCUGGAAUAAGCAAUAGAGCAUUGCUUGAUGGGAAGUCGUACGGCCUCACACUCGAUGAUAUGAUAAAACUUACUUUGUUAAAAAAAAAAUCCAGAAGCCAAGUCGGAUAACGUUAAUCAUUUGGUUUGAAGUAGAAUGCGGAAAGUUACAAAUCGUUCGCUAAUUUUUUCCGUUUCAAGACUCAAGUGUGCGAAAUUUUGGUUCCUGGUCACCAAACCGCUGCAGACUUUUCAGACGUACAGAAAAUUAAUCUAAUGCAAAUACUGCAGUCGUUAUUGCAGGUGAGCAGAGCAGAUGGACUUCUUUUCUUUGCAACUACUGGUUGCGCUUAUUUAAGUCAACCGUCUUUGUAUGAAAUGGAGGCAAGCUCGUUUAGUCUUCAAUUGAUUUCUUACAUGAGAUUUCGUUUUUUGAAAAUGAAAAAUCAAAACGCUUCAGGCAUGGAACGUGUUUACGUUGCUAAAAAACUGUGCUGUAUUUAUGGAGACCGAGGUAACUCAUCUAGUUGGAUGCGAAAAUUAACUUUCAACGGUAUUCCUGAUGAAGAAUUGAAUAAAUUUGAUGAACGUUGGACCGAAUUCGAAAACACAAAUACGUCAAAGGCAUUCGAAAACGUUUGUGAUUUUUUUCAUUCUCAAAACCCAUCCGACGAUAAUUGUAAUGUAUUGUAACUCAGAUAAUUGGUCGUUGAGUUGAGAUUAGUACAUUACUGCUAUAAGGCUGUAUAUAUAAUAAACGUGUACGUACGUACGCCUGCGA